AUGACAACUCUGGGUGGAGCUGUCCCCAGGAUGAUGCGACCAGCUCCGGGACAGAAUUAUCCUCGCAGCGGUUUCCCGUUAGAAGUGUCCACUCCUCUGGGCCAAGGCCGAGUCAAUCAGCUCGGAGGUGUUUUUAUCAAUGGCAGGCCCCUACCCAACCAUAUUCGCCACAAGAUCGUGGAGAUGGCCCAUCAUGGCAUCCGGCCAUGCGUCAUCUCCCGCCAGCUCCGAGUGUCGCAUGGCUGUGUCUCCAAGAUUCUGUGCAGGUACCAGGAGACCGGCUCCAUAAGGCCAGGGGCCAUUGGGGGCAGCAAACCCAAGCAGGUGACGACGCCGGACGUUGAGAAGAAGAUCGAGGAGUACAAGCGGGACAACGCAGGCAUGUUUAGCUGGGAGAUCCGGGACAAGUUGCUGAAGGACGGCGUGUGCGACCGAAACACCGUGCCUUCAGUGAGUUCCAUCAGCCGCAUCUUGAGAAGCAAAUUUGGGAAAGGGGAAGAAGAAGAAGAAGAAGAAGGAGGGGAGCUGGAGCGGAAGGAAGCGGAGGAGAGCGAGAAAAAGGCCAAACAUAGCAUCGACGGCAUCCUCAGCGAAAGAGGUAAAGGCGCACAACAAUCAGAUGAAGGUUCUGACAUUGAUUCUGAGCCAGAUUUGCCCCUGAAGAGAAAACAACGUCGAAGCAGAACCACUUUCACAGCAGAACAGUUAGAAGAGCUGGAGAGAGCUUUUGAGAGGACUCAUUAUCCUGACAUAUACACCAGAGAGGAACUUGCACAAAGAGCUAAACUCACGGAGGCUCGGGUUCAAGUUUGGUUCAGUAAUCGUCGAGCCAGAUGGAGGAAGCAAGCUGGAGCCAAUCAACUGAUGGCUUUCAAUCACUUGAUUCCAGGAGGCUUCCCACCCUCUGCCAUGCCAACUCUGCCAACUUAUCAGUUGUCAGAAUCUUCCUAUCAGCCUACUUCUAUUCCACAAGCUGUGUCAGACCCAAGCAGUACAGUUCACCGACCUCAGCCUCUUCCACCAAGCACGGUACACCAAAGCAGCCUUCCUUCAAAUCCAGACAGCAGCUCUGCCUACUGCCUACCAAGCACAAGGCACGGCUUUUCCAGCUAUACAGACAGCUUUGUGCCUCCUUCCGGGCCCUCAAAUCCUAUGAACCCUGCCAUUGGCAAUGGCCUUUCACCUCAGGUAAUGGGCCUCUUAACUAACCAUGGAGGAGUCCCUCACCAACCCCAAACUGACUACGCCUUGUCACCAUUAACUGGGGGUUUAGAGCCAACCACCACAGUGUCUGCAAGCUGUAGUCAAAGACUAGAUCAUAUGAAAAGUUUAGAUAGCCUGCCAACAUCUCAGUCGUACUGCCCACCAACAUACAGCACUACUGCUUACAGUAUGGAUCCUGUCCCAGGCUAUCAGUAUGGGCAAUAUGGACAAAGUGCCUUUCAUUAUCUGAAGCCAGAUAUUGCAUAAGUGAAUGGUCUAUUUCACAUUAAAGUUGGUCUUGGUCCUGGUCUCAUUCCAGUAUUUGGAAUGGAGCAAUCUUCUCACACAAAAUGAGGCCCAGAAUGCAGAGAUCGUACUAGUGAUAAACGGGACUAUUCUUUUCUCAUCAGUGCUUUCAAUAAGGUGUUUGAACAGGUUGGGUAAAGCAGCUCAGAAAAUAAAGACCACAAGCAGUAUCACAAAUAAGAGUUCAGUUCACUAUGGCAUUAGCUAAGAACAAAUAAGAAUA